GACGUCUCAUUCCUGCUCAACUACAAGGCUGCAGUGGAAAGAGUCCAGCAGCGCCCCCUGCUGGAUGAUCCACAGCUGCCCUCAGGAGCUCUGAUAGACCAGGCCAAACACCUGGGCAACCUGACCUUCAACAUCUGGAACAAGAUGAAGGACAUGGUCUCCUACACUCCUCUCAUUCUGGACCCAAACACUGCUGAUCCAAGACUCAUCCUGUCUGAAGAUCUGACCAGUGUGAGACGAGGAGAGAAACAGCAGCUUCCUGACAAUCCAGAGAGGUUUGGUUCCUGCUCUGUUCUGGGCUCUGAGGGCUUUAACUCAGGGACUCACAGCUGGGAUGUCGAGGUUGGAGACAGAACAGACUGGGAACUGGGUGUGUUAGCAGAGUCUGUCCAGAGGAAGGGAGACAGACGGUCUGGUUUAUGGACAAUAAGGUUCUUUAUAGGUGAAUACUUUGCAAAGUCACCAUCAGCUUCAUCCACUGAUCUCAGUGUGCAGAAGAAGCUCCAGAGGAUCAGAGUGAAUCUGGACUGGAACAGAGGAAAGCUGUCGUUCUCUGAUCCUGAUACUAACACACACAUACACACCUUCACACACACUUUCACUGACAGGAUGUUUCCAUAUAUUUACUCAUGGGAUAAACUCCCACUGAAGGUUUUACCAGCGAAGGUCUUUGUGAUGUAGAACAACAGAGAUAGAUGAUGAUCAUGGUGAUGAUGAUGAUGAUGACUAAAUGUAGUUUUCAUUGUGUUGUUUCUGCUGAUGUGUUUCACAUGAAGUUGUCAUAUCUGAUCUAACAGAGAACCAGUGAAUUAAAGACUUCCUGAGUUUUAAGGAUGUAAAUAAUGAGAGUUUAUCAAACUGCUGUAAAUGUAGUGAAAGUAAAGUCGUCUUCCCGA